GCGGCUGGCGGAAGCGUGCCGACAAAAACCGGUUCUCUUUCAUGUGGCCCUGUCCGCUAUGCCAGACCGGGCAGUCACUCGCUCUACACAUCGCAAGGAACUUGCCACAUGUACUAUCCGUGUGAGAGAAAACAAAAACUUGAUUUGGUAUAACGUCCCAGUGUCAAUGUUCAGCGACUACGAAACGUAUGGCGGUGCACAGCUGCAAGUCUACACGACGUGAAGGAUCCCGGAGCUUGGAGCACUUCAUCAUGAAGUACGGAAGCUGAGUUGCGGACGGACUGUGGGCAACACGACAUGUGAUGCACAGUGAUGUGGCAAUAGUGCUGUUUGUGUGAUACACCGUCAAAUUUUGUAACUAGACAACGUCACUGCAAGCAUACUAUGGUGAUCCGCGUUCGCAAAAACUAGUCUUUCGAAGGCGUAUUGUGGGUUACACCCCAGGAAGCUGGGUGUCAUUGUGGCUUUUUCUUCUUCUUUUUCUUGUCUAAAAGGGAGUAAGUUGUGUGUGAUGUGAGAACCACCCUUAGUCUUUGUUUGCAAAUGCAACACGGAAGCAGCCUUGUAUCUUCUCGGAAGCUGAACUAAAGUGUCAGUUCCGAACCGGUCCUACAAUAAUGCAGUCCCCGAUUACCAAAGCGGCUGCAUAUGCCCUGUUCUUCGCCGGUGUCUGCCUCAUAAUAUGGUGCAACUUACUAACAAUGUACCCAACGCGACUCAAUGACAGGAACGCUACGAUCGUUGAUGUCCAUGUGAACCAGAGUGUUGUUCGUCCCCAUAGGGAGCCCUCGGAAACUAUUAAUGUGGCGUUCGUAGCGAAGUACGCGUUUCGGAACAUGAAAGUCGGCCGGACUAUGACUCGAUGUUUGAAGAGCAUCCUGAAACACACGAACAGGACAUUGCAUCUGCAUGUCCUGGCGGAUCCGCAAAGUUUCCAGCGGUUGAGUCGAGUGCUGUACUUGAUUGGGGAAGAGGCGAAGGGCAAGUUUGACGUGUCGCUGUACAACAUCACCGCGGUUGAGGCAGACAACAAACCCGUCAUCAAGAUCCUGCGAACGCUCUUCUUCACGAAAGACGUUGGACGCUAUAACGACGACAUGUUUUUCAUCACUGAAAUAUUCCACCGAGUGUUCAACCUCAGAAGAAUCAUAUUCCUGGAUCUCGAUCUUCAGUUUGAGGUCAACAUUGGUGAACUUUACGACAUCUUUCGCUUAUUCAAGCCUCAGAACCUCAUUGGAAUCGGCAAUGACCUGCAACCGCAAUACCGCAAAGACUUCGCGAAAUAUCGUUCCAAGCACAACGAAACCGAUGUUGGAAGUCCACGACCUGGAAGACAAGGCUUCAACACUGGCGUCAUGCUUAUGGACUUGGACAAAAUUCGUGGAUCCAAGCUGUACAACGGGCUUCUUGGGUACGAUGCCUUAAAGCAGCUCUGCGACAAGUACCAGUUCAGAGGAAUGUUGGGACACCAAGACUUUUUUACAUUACUUGGAAUGGAGUUCCCGGAAUGGUUCCAUGUCCUGGACUGUGUCUGGAACCGCCAACUAGACACCGGCUGGCGCAACAGUGUGGGAGAAAAAAUCUUCGAAAGUUACCAUAGGUGCCCUGGUAGGGUAAAGGUGUACCAUGGAAAUGGCAACGCCAGGAUACCAGAUGACGACCCGUGAGGCAGUGAGCAGGAGAAAGUGGCGGUCAGUGAAGAGUGACCUAAAAUGAAGGUUCUUGGGCUAUUAUGAAGCUCAACUGUUGGCGUCUGAGGUGGAACUUGCGCGCAUUACGCUAAAACCAUAAGAAACCUGGGCAUGUCACUUCAACAGGCUAUAUGUGACGCGCAUUCUGUAGGUCCACAGUUUUCCAGCACAACGCUGUCAUGCACAAUCGCCGCUGCUAAUCUGUCAAACUUUUCUUAGCGCCCUGCUUGGUGAUGUUAAUGUGUUUCUGACCUAUGCGAUGCAGUAAACAGUCCAAUGUUCAAGACUGUUUACACAUUACGGUGUAUACCACAUAUGCUACAGUACGCGCGAACUCUUUCAUAGACAGUGAAGACAGAUUAUUCCUGAGAACUGGUUGCAGAUUCAACGUCAACACGUAAUGCAGAACAGGACGAUAGUACUAGACCUAAGAAUAUGAGCUGGAAGAAAAUGUACUCGUACACCUCACAGAAAAACGAAUGUUUUUUCCUCACUCACUGUGAAAUUAUUGAAUGUGAUGUCCGUCUAAAGGUCAAUAAAAUGAUCGUGACGCCUAAAGAGACAGUCAUGAGCUGCCAA